AUGGCAGCUCUUCAUCAACGCGAACCCUUACCACACUUUUCCUUUCGGGAUCAUCGUCUCUGGCGAUAUAUUCUGCUGACCUCGAUACUCCUUAUUUUUCUUCUCUUCACCGGCUCCUUAAGUCCUCACGACCCCUUAUCCGCCGCCACCACAACAAAUGCCGACGAACGGCCAAACAUCAAGACAUCGCACUCGAUCCUGCAUUCAAUUCAUGCUCGUGCAGGAGGCGGUGGUGGUGGAUGGGGGAAGAGAAAGAAGAACGACGACCCAGUACAAUGGUUGAAACAAAAUUCCGACCUCGAACCUCACUUGCCUAGAUCACGUACCACCAAACGUCCUCGCGCGGCCCUCAUCAGCCUCGUGAGGAAUGAAGAACUCGACGGCAUUCUACAGAGCAUGCGUGACCUGGAACUUCGGUGGAACGGACGACACAGGUAUCCCUGGAUCUUCUUCAACGAGAAGCCGUUUAGUGAAGAGUUCAAGGCGGCUACUUCGAACGCGACAGAUUCUCAGACGGAGUACCAUGUGGUUCCUCGUGACCAUUGGAGGACCCCUUCCUGGAUAGAUCAGGACCGUUACAUGGACGCCCUGGAAUAUCUUGGUACUAUCGGUGUUGGAAAGGGUCACAUGUUGAGUUACCACAGUAUGAUUCGAUGGCAAUCCUUGUGGUUCUACCACCACCCUGCGCUCGAGUCAUACAAUUGGUACUGGCGUGUCGAACCGGACGUGAAAUUUUUCUGUGACAUCCCUUACGACCCUUUUGGGUUUCUCCAGCAAAACAACCUGGUUUACGGUUUCAACAUGGCCAUCCUAGACGACGCACGGAGUUUCACCUCCUUGUGGUCCGUCACGCGUGCGUUCAUCGAGAACCACCCGCAACUGCUGCACCCGGAAGCGGAUCUCGAUUGGUUACUCGACCCGGACAACGGAGGCGAGUACAACAACUGUCAAUUCUUUAGCAACUUUGAAAUCGGUUCGUUGGACUUCUGGAGGUCCAAAGGACCAAGCAAGUACGCAGAGUGGCUCGACCACAGCGGCGGGUUCUUUUACGAACGCUACGGAGACGCACCCGUUCACACCCUCGCCCUGGCCAUGUUCGCCGCGAAAAGAGACGUCUGGUUCUUUCGGGACGUCGGGUAUCAGCACGACAUUGCGCGUCAUUGUCCACCUGCGAGUGCGAGACUGUCGCUCCACUCGUCCUCCGAGCAUGACGAACAUCGCGCCCGACAGCCAGGGUGUGAGUGCGAGCCCACCAGUCUAGACGCGAAUUUCUACAAGCUCGUCCCAAUGGAGAGCCCGCAGGUCAAACCGGCCGAUACGUGCAUUCGUUUGUGGUUGGGUGGGGAGUGGCUGGCCAAGAAGGAAGGUUGGAAACAAGACGUCGAGCGCGCUUUCGGCGGAGAUGGGUACGGGGGUUACGUGCUGGGUGGACUGUGA